UUUCCCCUUUUAUUCUUUUCUAAUGUAUGCCACAAGCUUUCCCGCCAAAACGAAUUCUCAGUUUCCCGCCAUAACCCAUUCUUGAGGUUAUUCAGUGAUCUGAAAGAGAAAGCAACAUCUCAUCCUUAUUGUCUGAUAGAAAUUAAAAUGCAGAUUCAGGUAAAAUGCAGUUGCGGAGAGGAGAAAUGCCCGGAAUGGGCAAUUCUAGAGCUUCAAGGUGUUGUUGAAGUCCAACCCUCCUUCAAAGAUCGACUCCAAAAUCUUCAAAUUGGCACUCUUUGCCGCCCCACAUCCCAGGAAAAUUAUACAUUUACUGUUGGAUAUCAUGAGUUGACCGGAACCAAGAUGCCCUUGAAAAAACCAAUGUUAGUAUUGAAGAAAAUCAAACUUUCCACUGAAGAAGAGAAGGGUGACAUCAAUUCAACAAAGGUGGAGUUGGACGUUAUUGGAGUAAUUCGUCAAAGAAUUCUUUUCAAAACCAGACCUAAGGCACUCAUAUCAAAAAAAUUCAUGUGGCUACUGGGAGUGGCACGAAACUUGUUUUUAGAUGGAGUGAUGGUUCUAACAAAUAGUAUAAAGACUCAACUGAAUGCCGCUACGAUUAAAGUUGAUACUUUGAACACAACGUUGGACACAAUUAAGAUUGAAAGAGAUAACUUGAAGGAAAAAAUGGAUGCAAUGAAGGCUUCAACCAAUUUUGAAGUAAACAAAUCAAUGUUAUUGGAAGAUAAUGUGAAGAAGAUGAAGACGUUAAUUAUGAUUUUGCGUGCUCUUGUUACUGGAAUUGUUGCCUUGUAGGUAAUGAAGUGAUUAAUUAGUGAACUUGUGUAAUGUUAGGUGAAGUCUCGUGAUUUAUUUUGUAAUGUACAGUUGAUAAUCAAACUUAAUUCAUGGAAACUUUCUUGAUUUUCUUGUAA